ACAAUUUUGAAGUUUGACAAAUAGACAGCCUGAGUCGGGGCGGGGCUUCAUUUGUAUUAAAUUAAAAACAAUUUUCUAACGUAUAAUGUUGUAGUUAAAUUUAUAAAACAUUUUAAUAUUUUACUAAGUACUGUUUUAAGAUCAAGUGUAACACAAUUUAUUAAUGAAUCAUAUAUAAAAAAGUCAAAAAAGGAUCAGGGAAAGGCUCUAGUGUGAUGAGUUCAUAACAAUACAAUAUACGAAAAGAGGAAACAAAACAUGAGGGGGAUUUUGGUUCUUAUAUUUGUGUUUAAAGGUGUGUACAGUCAAGGAUUGGAGCAAUCUAUUCCUAAUAAUCCAAAUUAUCCGCAGUAUCAAACAGAUACUAAUCAGAAUGGAUCAUUAUAUCAUUCCAAUCAGCAAAUUCCUUAUGGUAGUUUUCCGGUGAAUGGAAAUGAGUAUAGCCACACAGCGCAGAGUUCGUUUUACCAAGAUAGUUUUAAUUCAGAGGUGUAUGGCGAAGGAGAAAACAAUGUUGAUCCUCAGAAUACAGCUAAUUAUUAUGCAGGCUUAGAUUAUGAAGAGCGUUACCGAUGUCCUCCGCAUUGGAUUCGGUUUAGAGAGUCUUGCUAUCGAUUUACAAAAUCUCCUGAUCGACCCCGAAAUGAAGCUCGCAAAAUUUGCCAAGCAUUUGAAGCAGACUUGGCAUCUAUAAGCAGUCCUGAAGAGCAUGGAUUUAUCAUAACUACAUUGAUGCGCAUAGAUCCGCAAAAAGGUUCUUGGUAUGUUGGUUCUCAUCAACAGACUCCAGGUUAUUGGGCUAAUGAGGGUGAUGGUUCACAGUUGACUGGUCUGGAAAAUGCUUUCAUCGAUGACAGAACUUUAACCUACACUAGUUAUAAUUUAUUACCUCGUGAUUAUUUAAUGUAUAAAUUUUCCAAUGAAGAUGGUCGUUGGGGUUUAGCACCUGUUGAAGGCAUUCAAUACCAUCACUUCAUUUGUGAGGGUCAAACUCAGCGACUCCAUUACCUCAUUGAAGAAGAGAGAUCAUUUACUUAUGGCUUGGAUACAUUUGACCCAGAGAGGAUACCAAAGGGGCCCUUUUUUACAAAGGAGCCAGUAGACACUAUAUAUGACCCAUUGAAAAAUCAUUAUGUACAGUUGUCAUGCAUUGCUGGUGGUUAUCCAGCACCAACUUAUAAAUGGUUCAGAGAGGAUUAUCAAGUGGACAGCCCUGUUUUUACUGAAAUAAACCCACUUUCUGACCCGAGAAUAGUCUUAAGUGGAGGAACACUUAUGAUUUACAACCCUGAUGCAGAUAAGGAUAAUGCUAAAUUUCACUGCACGGCAACAAAUAAAUUUGGUGUCAUACGGUCAGAGUCAGUGAGACUUUCCUUCGGUUUUAUAAGAGAGUUCAAUCAGAAAAGGCCAGUUGAGAGUGGUAAACAGUACUGGGGAAAAGUAAUGUAUUGUGAUCCACCUUCUUAUUACCCAUCAGUAAAUUUCUUAUGGGCACGUAAUUAUUUUCCUAAUCUUGUAGAAGAAGACCGUCGUGUAUUUGUAUCCUAUGAUGGUGGUUUGUAUUUCUCAGCUUUGGAGAAUAUUGAUAGAGGAAAUUACAGCUGUAAUGUUAUGAGUAAAGUAUCUGAUGCUGGUCGAAAUGGUCCAUUCUUUCCUUUGUUGGUGUAUCCAAAUUCAGAUUACCAACAACUGAAGUUUCCGAACAAUUUUCCAAAAGUUUUCCCAGAGGCCCCCAUAGUUGGACAGGAAGUAAGAUUAGAAUGUAUAUCAUUUGGUUAUCCUGUUCCAUCGUAUAAUUGGACUAGAACAGGUGGAAGAAUACCUAGAAAAGCCCAUUUAAGUAACUUUGAUAGAGUUCUGACCAUACCUAAUGUUGGAGUUGAAGAUGAAGGUGAGUACAAGUGUGAUGUGCGUAAUGACAGAGCUCAUAUAUCUAAUAAUGUCUUCCUAAAAGUACAAGCUGAACCUAAUUUUACUAUCCCAUUGUCAAAUAAACAUGUUGAUAACAAAGGAGAUUUGCAUUGGAAUUGUGAAGCUUUUGGUAUACCUGACGUCAAUUAUACCUGGUGGAAAAAUGGACAAAAACUUUCGAUGGAUACCUUAGAGACUGAAGACAGAGAUAGAUAUGUAAUACAAGAUAAUGUAUUAAUAAUCAAGUUCUUAGACCCAACGAGAGAUCCUGGCAUGUUUCAAUGUGAAGCUAAAAACCAAUUAAAGGCGAAGUAUUCUACAGGGCAGUUGCGUGUACUAUCACUUAAACCAUCUUUUAAGAAACGACCAUUGGAGUCCGAAACUUAUGGGUCAGAGGGUGGAAAUGUAACUCUCCGUUGCAAUCCGGAGGCGGCGCCGAAACCCACAUUUACAUGGAAAAAGGAUAACAUUGUUAUUGGAGCUGGCGGUAAAAGAUUUAUAACUGAAAACGGAAAUCUUAUCAUAAGGCAAUUGUCAAGAGAUGAUGAAGGUGUUUACACUUGUGUUGCUAAGAAUCAAUAUGGCUCUGACGAGAGUCGAGGACGUCUUAUUGUUUUGCGUGCUCCACGCUUUACAGAACGAUUACCAACGCGUAUUACGAAACAAGUUGGCCAAGUUAUUUUUUUGCAUUGUAACGCCGAAAUCGACUCUCUCUUGGACACAGCGUAUCUUUGGAAUCAUAAUGGCUUACGAAUGAAAGAGGCUGCUGACCUUUACGCCGACAAGCGAAUAAAGAUUGAUGGCGGUGAAUUAACUAUUUUUGAUGUGAGGCUUUCAGAUGUAGGUGAAUACGAGUGUGUAGUUAAAUCAGCUAUUGGUCGAAUUUCUACACGCACGCAGUUGCGUAUAGAAGGGCCGCCUGGAUCACCGGGUGGUUUACAAGUUAUUAACAUUCAACGUUCUUCAGUUACCCUGGAAUGGACCGACAGCAAUCCAAAUGGCCGUCCUAUUACUAACUACGUCGUAACUGGUCGCACUCAGUGGAAUACAACAUGGUAUAUCGUAAGUGAUAGUGUUUCGAAUGUAAUGGAAAUUGGCAGAUAUAAUGGACGGAAACGUGCUACGAUAACUACAACUCUAAUGCCAUGGUCGGUUUAUGAGUUUAGAGUACAAGCUGUCAACAGUUUGGGUAUAGGAGCACCAUCAUCGCCUAGUCCUCAAUUCUCCACUCAACCUGAUAAACCUUAUCAAGCUCCAUUUAAUGUAGGAGGCGGCGGCGGAAAAAUUGGUGAUCUUACCAUCAAAUGGAGUCCAAUGCCUCUAUCACUUCAAAAUGGUCCUGGCAUUCAUUAUAAAAUAUUUUGGCGCCGUAAUAAUUCAGAAGUUGAAUUCCAGUCACUUUUGCUUAAAGAAUACGGAAAUAUUGGAAUGCAUGUUGUACAUAUUCCUUUGGAUUAUUUUUUUACUGCAUACAAUGUAAAGGUUCAGGCCUUUAAUGAUAUCGGUGCGGGUCCAGAGAGUGAAAUAGUUACAAUAUAUUCAGCCGAAGAUAUGCCACAAGUUGCCCCACAGCAGGUUUACUCAAGAUCAUUCAACUCUACUUCUCUUAACGUUACAUGGAAUCCUAUUGAUCAGUCUCGUGACAGAUUACGCGGUAAAUUGAUUGGCCACCGUCUUAAGUAUUGGAAACAAGUUAACAAGGAAGAGGAAUGCAUAUACUUCCUCUCUAGGACCACCCGUAAUUGGGCUCUCAUAGUUGGACUGCAGCCGGAUACCUACUAUUUUGUUAAGGUAAUGGCAUUUAAUUCAGCAGGCGAAGGUCCAGAGAGUGAACGGUACUUAGAACGUACAUUCCGCAAGGCUCCACAGAAGCCACCUGCCUCAGUCAAUGUGUGGGCCGUCAACCCCAGCACUGUUCGCGUCGUUUGGAGAUACGUACAGCCUACAGAUGAAGAGGAACCGCUCAUUGGUUAUAAGGUAAGAGUAUGGGAAAUCGACCAGGAUAUGAGUACUGCAAAUGACACCCUAAUACCAGUAGAACAUAAAUUGGAAGCUUAUGUUACAAAUUUGACACCCGGCAAGUCAUAUAAUUUAAGAGUAUUAGCUUACUCAAAUGGAGGUGACGGCAGAAUGUCGUCUCCCCCUAUAACCUUCCAAAUGGGGGACUAUCACAGUGACGCUUAUGGAUACUAUGUAAGAAGCUCAGCCCACAGAUCACAAAUCUUAAGAGAAUCUCAUAUUUUCAUCACUUUUAUUUUAUAUUGUUUAUUCUGUACGAAUAUCUAUAAUUAAAGUUUAGUUUAGAUGUAGUUUUAGGUGAUAAGCAUUUUUAUACAAUUUAUUUUUUGUAAUGAGGUUUAAAUAUUUACUAUUCUGUUGCUAUAUAUUUUUAUAAUAAUUUAAUUCAGUCCAUUGAAUUAUGUUGUGAUAUUUAUCCGGCCAUUUUGUUGACACAUGUAUUAUUUGCUUUAUGUUUUUUUACAAUUAUUUUAAUAUUUAUAUCUUCGAUAAAAUAUUCAACAUAAUAUAUAACUGUAAAAUAUUUUUUUUAAUCACUGACAAUAAGUAACUUAGCAAUGAUAUCUAUAUAAUGGAAUCUCAAUAUUUUAAUGCCAAUAUUUUUUUAAACAUGCUAAUCAUAUCAUGUACGAAAAUGUUUAGGUUUAAGAAAAUUUGUUUAUAAUAUAUUUUUUAUGAAUCUGCUUUUGGAAAUAAAUUGUCAAUCCGAGCCAUUUUUUUAUAGAUAAGAUAGUUCUGACAGGCAUUUUAUUAUUUUGGGUACGAAUAAAAUGUUCUGUAAAUGUGUAAAUGUUGAUCAAAAAGGACAUAACACCUCUUCAUAGAAGGUCAAUUCUCAUAUUCUAAGCAUUUAAUGGUAUACGAAGCAUAUCUUAUGCACAGGUAAUUUUUCGCCAAACGGCCUUUUUAACUCAAGUGAGCUGACUCUAUUGUAAGAAAUCUAUUCCAUUUGACUGAAAAUAAAACGAUGUGUUUCUAAUGGGCCUCUAUCAACGAUCGUAAGUCAUAACCUUACGGGAAAUAUUACUUUUUACUCGCGCCUUACCGUUUAGUUCGUUAAAACAUUAAUACGUAUGUUUUUAUCACGUAAGCACGUAAAAAAAGCGACAAGCUUAACCAACGCUCCACCAAAACCCGGUAAAGUUCGUCGAUCACGUAGUCAUGUCUCGGAAUAAAACGGUUGUCUACAAUAGAAUCAGCGUUCAUGUUAAUAACGGUAAAUGGUGAAUGUCAACGUGUAUCAUCACUUACUACCAUGUGAUCCAUAUAAAUAAAAAUAAGAUUAGGCAGCUUUAAGGGGUCCAACUGUUUGAUGGAAUGGCGGGGACCGGAGGAUGACAUAACAUAACGUAUUUUUUCAACAAAUCGAUGGAUUGGUUAUUUUUUAACCAUUUGUCAUGUCCAACUUAUAAAGUACCGCAUUUGUGAAAAUGUACUAGAAAAAAGACAUUUGGUAGCAGAAAAUCAUCAUGUAUUUUUUAAACAUACCUCUACUAUAAAAAGAACGUGUAAAAUGUGUAAUAAAUUAUUCCAGUACGGAAUUAUGCGAUUAAUGUGCCUGAAGCAUUAGUUUCUAUGAGGAAUCACAAUGCCUUAAUAAUGUAAUGUGAAACGUUAAUAUUUUGUAAAAAAAUAUCUGUUCAAUAAAAUACCCACUAGAUUUAUUUUUA